AUGGUAUUUUCUUUCUUGCAGUUGUCAGAGCUUGUGAAUGUAGAAGGCUAUAGUGAUUGGAUACGUCUGGUAGCAGAGUUCACGUUGAAGUCUUUGCAAUCUUGGCAGUGGGCAAGCAGCAGUGUAUACUACCUUUUAGGGCUGUGGUCCAGGCUGGUAACAUCUGUACCAUACUUGAAGGGUGAUGCCCCAAGCUUGCUCGAUGAAUUUGUGCCGAAGAUCACUGAAGGUUUUAUCACAUCAAGGUUUGAUUCAGUGCAGGCUGGAUUCCCGGAUGACCUUUCUGAGAAUCCACUCGACAAUGUUGAGCUUCUUCAGGAUCAUCUCGAUUGUUUUCCAUAUCUUUGCAGAUUUCAGUAUGAAAGCAGUAGCAUGUUUAUUAUAAACAUUAUGGAGCCUAUUCUACAAAUAUACACGGAAAGAGCACAGGUCAAGACAGGUGAUAAUAAUGUUGAACUAUCUGUGAUUGAAGCCAAGCUUGCUUGGGUCGUGCAUAUAAUUGCUGCUAUCCUGAAAAUAAAACAGAGUACUGGUUGCAGCUCGGAUACACAAGAAGUAGUGGAUGCAGAACUUUCAGCUCGGGUUUUGCGUUUAAUAAAUGUCACUGACAGUGGUCUUCACAGUAAG